AUGGCCGAUGCAGCGACGGGCUCGACGGCGAACGAGGAGGAACCCGUCGAGGACAUUGACCCUGGCUACUGGGAUGACGAGGAUGACGCACAAACACAAACCACAUCCCUGUAUUCUGCCUUGUUAGAACAUGUCUAUGAGAACGGAAGAACAUACCACGGCUACCGCUCCGGAACGUACUGGGGUCCGAACGACGACCAAGCCAACAACAACCUCGACCUAUUCCACCACAUCUUCAACCUGACGCUGAAAGGGCAACUCACGCUCGCGCCGAUCGGCGACACUCCUCAACGGGUGCUGGACCUGGGCACCGGCACCGGCAUUUGGGCCAUGGACUUUGCCGACCGGUACCCGUCGGCCACGGUGGUUGGCACCGACCUGUCGGCCAUCCAACCACAGUGGGUGCCGCCGAACGUGCAGUUCGAGAUUGACGACUUCUCCCAGCCGUGGACGUUCAAGAAGGACUGGUUCGACUUCAUCCACGCCCGUUGCCUGUACGGCUGCAUCGCCGACUACCCGACCUUCUACGCCCAGGUCCUCACCCACCUGCAGCCAGGAGCGUGGUUCGAGCAGGUCGAGAUCAGUGUCGUCUCACGCUCCGACGACGGCUCCACCGACGGCACCUACCUCGAACGCUGGAGCGAGCUCGCCCUCGAGGCCGGUGACCGCAUCGGCAAGACCUUUCGCAUCGCCGACGAGCUGGAGGAGCGCAUGGUCCGAUCCGGCUUCGCCAAUGUCAGGUGUCACCGCUUUAGAUGGCCGAUUGGCCCGUGGCCCAAGGAUCCCAAGUUGAAGGAGAUCGGCGCCUACAACAGGCUGGCGUGUGAGGAAGGCAUUGAUGGCUGGGCGUUGCGGCCCUUGACGCAGGUCCUGGACUGGUCCAUCGAAGAAGUUCAAGUCCUAUGUGCGCACCUCCGCCGUGACUUUCGUGACAAGCACAUCCAUGCCUAUCAAUAUAUGUGA